AUGGCGCUGUACCGCAGCUUGGAGACGGACGUCACAGCCUUCUUCAUUGCGCAGGGCACGCUCUUUGAGACCGUUGUCAACAGCCUCGGGGCGCGCGUCCACACCGUGGAGCAGCGCGAGAGCCCUUUGCCUCUCGUUGGCGAUGCAAGCGUGGAAGCACGCCUCGCGCGUCUCGAAGAUCUGUGGAGCGCACUGACACAAGAGGUGCAUGGACUGCGUACCCAAUGCCAAGCCGCCACCGGAGCGAUGACCGCGCUCAACCACCAAGUCGACGCCCAGACUGCGAAUCUGGCCGCCCAUGCUACCCGGCUUGAUGCACAAAGCGUGGCGCUUGAGACGCAAGAAGCAGCGCUUGUGGCCCAGGCUGCCGCACAAGCCGCCUUUCACGACCGUUGCCCGCAGCAGAUUCUCGCCAGCGCGGUGCAAAAGGUCACGCUCGGCUUGUCGACAGAGGAGUUCACUGCGCUGUCGCAAGAGCUCCGUCGACUGGAAGACGCUUUGGAGCACGCGACAGAACCCACGGACGAGAUUCGCGCGUCGCUGAGUCAAGUGCACGCGGACCUCGCCAGCGUCGCACCCGACCCGACAGCAACGUACGACGGAUUGGCGCACGGCCCGAUGGUCGAGCGGCUGCGCACGAGCCUCGCGAAUCUGGGCGCCAACUUGGACACACUCGCAGCGGUCUCGGAACACAAUGCGUGGACGCAAGGAAUGACAUUUGAGGUGGUGUAG